UGAUUGCAAUCGGUUUGGGUUCAUCAUCAGCUGAACUACCCUAGAUUUGUUUAUGUUUGAAAUUCGAACAUUUUGUCAGUGAUAAAAGAAAUGUCGGGUCAUAUCAGCGAUAUAAAACUGGAGGUCUGCGUUGACUCCAUACGAUCUGCUUUUGCCGCCGAGGCUGGCGGAGCUUCCCGGAUUGAGCUAUGCUCGGCCUUAGGCGAAGGCGGCUUGACUCCCACUGUUGGCACUCUGAAAACUCUGAAGGAAACCCUCACACUGCCCAUUUUCUGCAUGCUACGGCCCCGACGAGGCACCGACUUUGUCUACAGCGACGAGGAGAUGUGUGCGGUGCUCGCGGACAUGGAUCUGCUGCGGGAGAACGGCGCUGAUGGCUUCGUUUGGGGAUCCCUGAAUCCGGAUCGCAGCGUCAAUGUGGAGCAGUGUCGACAGGUGAUGCUAGGGUCGGGGAGCCUGCCGGUGACCUUUCACCGCGCCUUCGAUCUCACUGACCAGAAGCGAAUGGACGAGAACGUCCAGCUGCUACGGGAACUGGGCUUCAAGCGACUGCUGAGCAGUGGGUUCCGUCCCUCGGCCGCCGAUGGCGUCGAUUGCCUGGCGCAGCUGAUAGCCAAACACCACAGGGACUUCAUUGUGAUGCCCGGCGCCGGCAUCAAGGUGUCCAACUUGGAGGAGAUCCUAACGGUCAGCCGCUGCCUGGAGUUCCACGCCUCGGCCAUGGACACGGCCGGGGAGGACUAUGUGGCGCCCAGUACGACCCGCAUGGAGUGCGACGUAACUAUGGGCAAACAGGAUGUGGACCCGUACUACGGAACCAAUGCGAACGUGGUGCGCAAAAUGGUUACUAUCGCCAAUGCCAUGAGCUGCCGCUAAAGAUCACCCUUAGUUCUUAACCUAAUCCUAAGUCCAGCUUUUAUUCCUUGACCAUAAACCUCGGUAUCGUCUAUAUAGUUUGUAUAUAGCUUCUAGUUCUUGUUACUACUUAAGUAGUCCUGUCUCUAAAACUCUAAAUCCUAAAAAUACAACAACAUUGCACUUAA